AUGUCGGCCGUGGACGGGGGCAAGCCUUCAGCUCACAGCUGGUGCCAGACAUUCGAUUGUGUUGACAAGAUUCGUAAAAUUGAAGCCAAGAACGACGACACGCUGCGGAAUCGGAUCGAGCCCAUGGAGGAGGAGGGUGCAGUCGGCGAAUCGGAGGAGGAGGAGGAGGGCGCAGUCGUCGACGUUGGCGUGUCUGACUCAGAGGAGGAGUUGGAGGUGCUCCAGCAACCUAACCUGAUCCAGAAGCUCGCCGACGUUGUCAGGUUACGUGCGUCAUGCGUGAUCGAGCUUUCCCCUGACCAUGCCCGUGAUAGCACCAUCACUGUCGCCGUCCUGGUUUUGAACGUGGCAGCUAGGCUCUAG